UAAAAGAAAACAUACAGUACGAGCACACUUCUCUUGGAAAUAGUUAUUCGGUUUAAAUGUAUAUUGAUACAAUGAAAAGUAUCGGUUCCUUGGAAGUCAGAUGGGUGCAGGGUUUUACCAGCCAGCGUGUGACAUUCGCUGACAGAACUACGGUGUGCUACUCUUGUGGGAAUCAUGUCAUUUUCAUAGACCUGGAAACAAAGAAGCAGCGUGUGCUUCAGAGUCCAGGAGGGAGCAUCGGUGCCCUUGCAGUGAAUGUGCGCACCAGGGUGGUGGCCUUCUCAGAGCAGAGACUUAACCCCUCCAUCCAUGUGUACACCUUCCCUCAGUUUGAAAAGCAGAGUGAGCUCAAAGGAAAAGCCAAGUUGGAGUAUACAACACUGGCUUUUAGUUAUUCUGGCGCAUAUUUAGCCAGUUACUCCUCAAUUCCGGAUCACACCCUAACGAUAUGGAACUGGCAAGAUGGGGUCCCUCUCUGCAGUGAAGCCCAACCAGGAGUAGAGGUCACGAGAUUGAUGUUUAACCCUAUGAACUGGCACCAAUUGUGCAUGACCAGUGAGAGAUCUCUUAAAGUUUGGAACAUUGAGAGAAGUGACACUCUUCAUUGUAUGAAACCCAUCAUGAUCAGUAUGCCAGCUUUAGAACCUUCUGUUCCUCAGACAGAAGAUGUUUCCUCCAGUUACCUGGACAGCAAGUUUUCUUACUAUGGACCUGUGAUGCCUGUCUCAGCUAUAUCAGGGCUCGUGGGAGAGAUGGCAGAAACAUUUGUGCCAAAAGAAGCUAUGAAAAAGCAGAUUCGCCCCACCUCGUUCUGUUGGACCUCAACCACUGACCUUUAUGUGGGCUGUGAGGAAGGCCACCUGAUGCUUGUGAGCCCUGAGACAGGGAAAGUGACUAUGCUUCAUAACCUGUGUGAGAAGCAUCCUCCUGGAGAUAGCCACCAUGUCCUGCAACAGGGAAACCUGGACAGUCUGGCCCUGCACAAGGAUGGACUUUAUGCAGCAGGGACUGAUGGCAUUCUGCGCCGCAUUCACAUCAAGGGGGUGAACAUAGAGGUGGAUAUUUGCUGCGCAUUGGAGGAACCAAUCAGAAACAUUGAAUUCUCACCAGACUUCGAGUCAAUGGUCCUGGCUAGCCAUAAGGGAGCUAUUUACAGGUACAGCCCAGGCGAGCCUGGGGAGGUGUCGAGAAUUCUGGAUGUCCGUAGUGGGAACUUCGUGGCAGCAGCUCCUCUAUCUCCAGGCAAUCAGUAUUGUGUGUCAGUCAGAGAAUCUGGAGAAGUUCAGGUUUGGUCAUUGGAAGACGGGGACUGCACCAGCGCCUUAUCUCUUAAAGUGCAGGCAACAUGUCUGGCAUGCUGCCCCAGUGCUCGCUACUGUGCUGUGGGGACGGCCUCUGGACAUGUCUACUUCAUUGAUCUGACGAAGGUGGAACAGCCUCGUGUAGUUCACAGGGUUCACCUUUACAAUGCACCACUGGGACAGCUGCACUUUGAUCAAGGAGGACAGUAUCUGCUCACUGGAGCUCCAAAUAAACACAUCUUUAUUCUAGAUGCCAGGCCAUCCAAAAUGUUUGCAGUCUUUGGAUACACAGUGGCAGCAGGUUUUGUGUUGGGCCUCUCCGCUGUUUUCAACAAGGACAACAGACAUGUGAAGGUUCUGGCUCUAGUUACUCUGGAGGAAGCAGCAAACAUUAAGGAAGGGACCCGACUGGAGAUGUUCACACUGCCACACCAGCUAUUUACAGGAGCUCUAGGAGGUCACACAAACAACCGUGGAGUCUUUAUUGAUGACGUCCUGCAGAAACGCAUGUUUGAAGUAGCACAGCCGCUCUCUUCAGCGGUAUUGGGAACAAACAAUAGGGUGUAUGGCUACUGCAACAGGUCCAAGUCCACCCAGAAGUUCAUGCUGGCUGAGGGGGACAUGAAGGGAGUCUCACAUGUGAACCCAGAAAAGGAAGUUGAAGGUCAUCAGCUUGGUCCAGCGUCCCUUAUUUUGUCUCCCCAUCAGCAGUGGUUGGCCUCGGUCAGCAAGGAUGGGCUGCUCCGCAUUCGAGAUAUUUCCAAUUUAGGGACUUAUGUCCAAGUGCAGUGCCACUCGUACAGGACUGAUGGGGUUCGAUCACUGUCCUUCUCAGUGGACAGUCAGGCCAUGUUGACCACUGGCUUCAGUGAUGGUGCCCUUGUCUGUGUUAAAUGGAGAGUUGAUACUGCUGGCAAAAUGAAUGCCGCCAUUGAAUAUGGCCAGAGUGUCAUGUCACAACUGGAGACUUCUGUGAUGUUGGGAAACAAGAGCCUCAUGGAAAUGCCUGAGUGGAAACCAGCUAAAGACACACCACCUUCAUCUGCAGUGGAGAAAGAGGCACAGGAGGCCAGUCAGAAGAAGAAUGUGGAGGUGACUGUGGAACACAGUUACACCAACCUCCCUUUUGUCAGCCCUGUGGAUGCCACUUGGCUCGACGAGAAGCUAGAUGAGGCAAUCAAAGAGGAGAGCCUGGAGUUCACAGAUACAAAGAAAAGCCUGAGGAAAGGCAUUAAAGAGCUUCGAAGGACAAUCCAGGCUAUGAUGCGUGAGAAUGAAUCCUUGUCCGAGAUUGAGAAACUUGAACAGCAGGAGUUUAACUUGGACGUGGAAGAGCAGAAUAGGUUGCAAGUUGAGGGAGAACAGGAAGUUGCCAGGAUCUGCAGUGAGAUUGAGCUGGAGAACCUGGCCAAGUGCUACCUGCGUGAUGUCAUCAAAAAGGAAUGCUGGGACUCUAUGGAGGUCAAAGGUCGUUCAAUUAAGGCAUUCUGCUCGGAAUAUGAAGUGAAGAACUAUCCAAUGAAGGAGCGAACUCAGAAGGAGACUGAGGAGCUGGUGCGAAUCAGCCGUCUGAGGAAGAUCGAAAUGGCUGAUCUACAGAUUCGGAAGGAGAUAACUGAGUUCCAGACAAAAGCGCAGUCUGACAAAGAUGAAGAGGAGAUAGAGGAGGAGGGAGCAAAUGAGUUGGAGAACCCAGCUCUAACAGGCAGUCUGAGCUCCCAGUACGAUGGCUGUAACCCUUAUCUGUACAGCCAAUUCAGCCUGCACACCAAAGAGGAGAAAAUCAACCAGAUCAUUCUACUACAGGAUGUCAUUCACAGCGUUAAAUUAGCUUUCAACAAGGAGUUUGAGUCCGUUUUCAAGCAGAAGGAACAGGAGGUCAAUCGGGUGAAGGACAAGAACCAGAGGCUUCAGGAGAUAAUGACAGAGCUGGAUCUGAAGGAGAAGCUCUGGGAACCAGAGCUCUGUGAUAAUGAAAAGCCAGAACGGACUCUCACUGUGGACGUUUCAGAAAUCAAAGUUGAAAAAUAUCUCACUCCAGAACAGAAGCGGAAAACAGAAGAGCUAGCCAAGAUUGAGGAACAAAGAAGGCUGGCUGCACAGGGUGACAACGCUAGAGAGCGAGCUCUUGAUGACAUGAUGGGUGGAGUCCUUGAGAUGAAAAAAGAGGAUAUUCUAAAAAUGGAGAUUCCACAGCCAGAGUUCAUGUCCAAGCCUGAAACACAAUGGUUGGAAGAUGAGAAGAAGCAGUUUAAAGAAUAUGAAAAGAAAGUAAAGGAAUUGAAUGAGGAACGAGAAAAAUACAGAAAGACAUUGGAAGCAGAAAUGAAGAAACUGCAGACCUCCAUCAAGGACUCGACCCAGGUCUUCGAUGAAACACUGAACAGACUGUUUGAGAGGAAGGUGAAAUCUGAAAUGGUGAUCUACCAGGAGGAGCUCAAAAUUGCAAAUUUGGUAUUCUCAAUUCUUAUCGAGGAAGAGUUGGUUAACAGGGAGACAGAGCUCAAUCACCUCCUUGAUAAGACAAGGAAGAUGAAGCAUGCUAGUGCAGAGGAAUUAAAAAAUUGCAAAGCGCAAGUUGACGCCUUCAGAGAGACCUACGAUAACAUUGUGGCAGAAGACAAACUGCUUGACCGAGGGUUCAGAAAGGAGUUUUUUGAUGUGCCCACCAGUAUGGUUGACCAGCUGUACAAACUUUACAAGCGCAGACCCAGGGUACAGAGGAUGAGAACACAAAUCGAUACAGUCGGACCAGCAGACCAGCCAGGCUCAGUACAAGCCAUCAGGGAAGCACUCGCCCCAUUAAUGAAAGCCAUGGAUGAGCUGGAUGACCCACAAAACAUGCCUGAGGGACUGGAUCUGUCCAUCUGGCAACGGUUCUGUCUGUCCAGAAGAACCAAAGUGGAGAGUGAACAAAUGGUGAAACAGAAGGCUCUCACUUUGGCUGAGAUGCAAGCGUUUCUGCAGAAAAGAACCGAAGAAGAUGAGAAGCACAAACAUGACACUGAAAAGAUCAUAGAUGAUCUCAAUGGACUUCGUGAAGAGAAAAUGCGGUUUCAGUUGGAUCUCAUUGUUCAGUUCUUGCUGAAACAAGGAAGUGUGGAAGUGGAUGGCAGCAACUUCAUUGCAGACUAUUCCGAUGCACUCCUCCUUCAUAGGGGUGCUGUGGAGGAUCUCAACGGAACAAUCAGGACAUUAGGGGAGCAGAAGAUAGCGAGCAUGGUGGAGAGUAAAGACUUCCGAAAGGGAAUCAUCCAGCAGGAAUGGGAACACAUGAGAAUGAGAAUGCAGAUGGAGGAUCUGAACAACAAGGCUCGGGAUAUCCAGAUGCUGAAAGUGUCCAGAGAACUGCAAGCGUAUCUGAAUGAGACUGACCACGAAAGCUGUUCAGCCAAGCAGAUGUCUGUUCUGGAGCAAACACUAGUCACCCAAAAGAAGAACCACAAAAAGAACGUAAAAAAUGCUAAAAGGAUUAUCAAGGGGCUGGAGAGACAGAUCACCCGUAAAGACAAGGAGAGAGACAGCUUGGAUAAGGAGCUGCAGGAACUGCUGGUGACAGUAUCUGAAAGAAGACACGUCUACGAUGCCAUUGCUAUGGAAGAUAACACAGCGAUCAACAGGGAAAAACGAUACCAAGACAUCAUUGAGAGACGGAAGCUGGUGGACUUGGCAAGGACACAAGCCCAAGAGGUUGCCAUCCUCAGAGCAGAGGUUGAGAGGCUGAGAAUGAAGACUUUCCCUGCAUUGGUUCAAAUGGGACACUGAGCUUUACGAAAGCAGAACAAAUUACCCUUACAAAAUUAGAUAGACUGACACAUUUUAGCUUGUACAACAAAAAGAUCGAUGUCAUUUAAUUUAGAGAAUAGCAUUUAAAUAUUUUAACAUUAUUGUUAACAUAUGGCAUUAACUUAAUAAAAUAACAAAUAUGUUUUUCCUUUUAAAUAAAGUAUCAUUGAACAAACUGUCUUCUGCACUGUCACUACUGUUUUCUGCACAUUCUUGUUCCCUAAUGAACAAGACAUGGAACUGCCACUGCUGGGCUGAAAAUGUUCUAAUGGGUGGGUACUGGCUUGGCUAAACAGGCUGAACAGACUGAUAUCUGCAUGUUUCAAAGUUACUGUUCAGGUUGCUUUAAAUCCCACACCUCUAAUAUGGGGUCUCUGCAGACAAAUACAAAUACCCCAGCCUUUAAAGUAAAAUAUUAAAUUUGUUCUGCUGAAACCCAUAAGAUUACGUGUAUGUGAAGGCUUCCUCUGUCUUGUCAUAAUGCAGCAGUGUGCCCUCCAGUCCCAGGCUGUCUAUGAGAUGUGUGAGGCUCAGCUUGCUGCCAUCUGCAGAAAGAGCCAACUGGAGUUCAUACAGGACAGACUGGCUGCUGCUUUGCUAUUUGUCUAUCAGAGAGCGGAGUUAUGUAAGGUCAUUCUGUACAGCAAAUGCAUCUUGUAAGCUUUGUAAAUGUGUAAACCACACCCACUGACUGUCAGGUCUUUUGCAGUACAGCACUACACACUUACAGUGCCCUCUGCUGCACAGUUAAAUCUCCAGGCUCCUAAAUGCAUUAUCUAUGAAUGUCAAGUUGUUUGUUAACAGCGAUACAUUAUAUAUUUUAGUAUCUGUGAAGAAAUGUUCUCACGGUUUACAACAAGUUCUGUUAUACUGUAAACAACCGACCCAAUUACUGUUUUUAUAUUGUCUAAUUUUGAAUCAAGAUAUUGUUUCAGAUUAAAUUCUAAAAUUGUGUUCCAGCAAGUGUUUCCAUAACCGUUCACAAACUCCAGCGUCCUAUAGCAUGACACUGUAUUUUGACUGCACCGUAUAAUCUUUUAGUCUGGGACUCCAGAUAAAUAAAUAAACUAAUUAAC